AUGUCUGCACUACCUCUCCUCAAGGGCAAGAUGAUGUUUGCUUCCCUGGUGCUGCUGUUUGCUGCCUUCCCUGGAGCAAAAGGCAGCCCUGUGCCACACGCAUCCGGCCGUGACAAAGUCCUCCUGGUGUCCUUUGAUGGCUUUCGGUGGGACUACGACCAGGACGUGGACACCCCCAACCUGGAUGCGAUGGCUGCAGAGGGGGUGAAGGCACGGUACAUGACCCCCGCCUUCAUCACCCUCACCAGCCCGUGCCACUUCACUCUGCUGACCGGGAAAUACCUGGAGAAUCAUGGCGUCGUCCACAACAUGUGGUUCAACACCAGCACUGGGGUGAAGCUGCCCUACUACACCACGCAGGGCAUCGACAGCUGGUGGGACAACGGCAGCCUGCCCAUCUGGAUCACAGCACAGAGGCAGGGUUUAAAGACAGGCUCCAUCCAUUUCCCCGGGACAAAAGCAAAAUAUCAAGGAGAAGAAGUGAGCCUGAAGCUGGUGGAGCCUCCCCUGUUCAACUACAGCAACGAAACCGUUUGGAGACAGAACAUUGACACUGCCAUGGAAUGGUUCACAGUGAACAACCUGGACUUCAUCACUCUCUACUUUGGUGAGCCAGACUCAACAGGACACAAAUACGGCCCCGAAUCCACGCAGAGGAGGAACAUGGUCAGCCAGGUGGACCAAACCAUCGGCUACUUAAGGCAGAGGAUCAGGGAAAGCGGCUUGGAAUCAAACCUCAACCUCAUCAUCACAUCUGACCACGGCAUGGAGACGGUCAUAAAGAGCGACGAGAUCCACCUCCGGAAUGUCGAGAACUUCACAUUCAGUGACAUCCAGUUUGAACUCUUAGAUUACGGACCCAACGGGCUGCUGAUACCAAAAGAAGGGAAAUUAGAGCACGUGUAUUCAGUCCUGAAAAAUGCCCACCCGAAGUUACACGUGUACAAAAAAGAAGAGUUUCCAAAGAGAUUCCACUACGCCAACCAUCCCCGGAUCACCCCGCUCUUGAUGUACAGUGAUCCAGGAUAUGUGAUCCAUGGGAGAUACAAGGUGCAGUUCAACACGGGAGAGCACGGCUUUGACAACGAAGCCAUGAACAUGAAAACCAUCUUCCGCGCCGUGGGGCCGGCCUUCAAGCAGGGGCUCAUAGCGGAGCCGUUCGAAAGCGUCAACGUCUACGCUCUGCUCUGCGAGCUGUUGGGCAUCGCGCCGGAACCUCACGACGGUUCUCUGGACGCCACGAGGUCGAUGCUGCGUUCCAGCGCUCCUCUCCUUGCUGUAACAAAGCUGCCAGUGAUGCUGGGAAUCGCUCUCAUCUUGAGCUGCUGGGGAGGAGCAUACUAACCCCUACCAGAGGAAGCAGCCCAGGAUCUCUCCCAGGGGCUCAGGGAACAGCACAGCUCUGCAAUCUCAGGGCCCUUGGCUCUGCCCUUCUGCCUGGGGCAUCAGCAUGGCAGCUGCCCCGACCCCGUCCCAGAUGCUGAAGUGCCUCUCCCCAACUCUGUGCCUCAUCUCAGGGGCUCGAUAAACAUCUGUUGCCAUAGAGAUUUGCUCAAGCUGCCUUCCCUGCGUUGGUUUCACCCAAUAAGAUGAAACAAGAGACGCACGCUUCACUCAGAAGAAAAAAAAAAAAACAGGAAGAAAAUGUUUGGCUUGAAACCAUAUUGGGGGUGGGGGUCAGACCGGCAGCAUGCAGAGCAAACAGUCCAUUAGGCAAACAAUGGGGAGGCUCUGCAAGGGGAGCCACAUGGGCCGGCACUGCAAAUAUUAUUUAAAAUAAUAUCAAUACAGUAACUUUGAAAG